GCAGCUAGUUGUUAAAAAAAAAUUUAACUGUCGCGCGUAUUGACACAGCUUUCGCCCCAUACUUGCUAGUUACUUGGAGAAAAAUUUCUAGACUAGAGAGAACGUGGGAGAUUGCAAGAUUAUCUACAAGCACUUGGGUUUCUUUUCUUGCUACCAAAAGGAUGAUGCUCUUGUUUUCGCGCGACCAUAUUGAGAACUUAAUGUAGCAACAUUAUAAAUAACCACACAGGGGGUUUGAUUUAGCAAUGAAAAGCAACCGAGAGAAAUCUAAAUAGAGUGGUAGCAAUGGCAUCAUUUGAGAAGGUGCUCACAGAAACCGACAUCAAUGAAAUGUUGGUGAUCCCAACUCAUUUCAUGAACAAUUUGCCAGCUAACGAUGGAGGCCACUCUGUAAACGUGACAGUAGAUGCAUCUGGAGUGCAGCGGACUUUUGGAUACUAUACCCGGAGGGAUGCCAACCGGAGGCCAGUUUUUAGAACAGGGUGGCGCAACUAUGUACGUGACAAGGGGCUGAGGGCUGGAGAUAGAAUCAUAUUUGAAUGUGUAGAUGGGUUCCCUCGCUACAGAAUUCGAGCGCAAAGACAAAUGUUUCUGUUUGGGGAGGAGAUGUGGGGAGACAUCUAAGAGGGUUUCACCAAUGCAUCCUAUGUUGUUGUGAGUCUAUAUAAAGAACCAAUGCUUUUUAGUUCACAGUUUAGGUUUUGUUCUCUGUUGUUGUACUUGUACUUGUACUUGUAUCCUUGAAGUUAAGAAUGUUCAUGUAAUCUUUACCUCUUCUACGUUCACAAGUUACCAUGCUCUAAUCUUUUUGUUUCUUCUUGCUCUUUUUAAUCAUAUAAUCUAAGAAACUAAGUGCCAUAAA